UUGAAGUGUUAAAACAAAAUUGAAGUUCUUGAAAAGAUGGCGCUCAGGUUGAAUACAAAGCUUAUGAAAGUCGCGGAUGAAUUUGCGGAUUUUGAAAAUGAACCUCGUCCCAUUUUUCGCACUCGAGAAACAGACUCCAUGUUCAUCCUCACCUUCCAACUCAAAGGGUUUAGACCUGCUAAGGUUGAAAGAAGCGACGAUUGGACUAAAAUCAAAGUAAGAGUAGAAAAGGUGGUUCAAGGCAGAUUAAGCGGCUAUCAUAAUAUCGAGACUUGGGUAGUUGAGAAAUCGUUCAAAGUCCCACCAGGGGUCCUUACGGAUCAAGUUAGAGCUAGGUUCAAUGAAGAUGACUCGGAGCUCAUAAUCCGAAUGCCAAAAGCUACAAAAGGCCUUAGGGGGUUUGGAAUUGAGGAGUUAAAAGAAAACCAAACGCCAGAACCUGAUAAACCAUUACACAUUUAUACCAGUGGAGAGUUGUCUGAUGAACAAGAAAAUCAAGAAACUGAAGCAAAUCAAGAUAAAGAAAACUCGAAACGAGAACAAAUUGAGACCAAUGAUAAUGAUAGCAAAAAUGAUGAAAGCCCGGAACCGAAAUCGGCUCCAAGGAGGUUCAAAAUAUGUACUCCUCUCGUAUUUGGAUCGGCAUUCUUUAUGUCUCUCAUUGUGUUAGUUUUCCACUUGGUCCAACAGUCUGAAAAGCCAAUUAAACAACGAAAGAAAGAAGAUGAAGAUUAGUUAAGUUGGUGGUUAAUUGUUGUUGAUCCUAAGAAUAAUGGAGUAUAUAUUUCUUUUCAUGCGUUUAAAUGGUUGGAACUUGGAACAAAUAAUACAUGAUAUAAUGUACAUAACAAUAAAAUGUAAGCUUAAAA